AGUGAUUCGCAUAUGCAGUUUUGGUGAUAAGCUACUGGAGAGAAAUGCCACUUUAAAAAAGUCACAACUGCUUUUUCAAAUUUAGUGUAUUGCAUUACUGAUGUUUGAAAAUCAUAAGUAUACAAGUAGCCGUUCUUAAUGCAGACUGACAUAUUUAAAAAACAGUGAUCAGUUAAUACACACAAAGAUCCAGAAUUCUGCAUAUCAAAUAUAAUCAAAUGCUCUCUGCUGAAGGUUAAUUUGUGUCUUUCUGCCUACCUGCUUAACUGUGUGUGUAUAUAUGCAUGUAGAGUAGAUGCAGAGUUGCAAUUCCUGUGUGUGUGAUUCCCCCCCAGGUGCUGUCCCACUUGACAUGUGUGGAGCGAUGGGUAUGUGCAAACAUCAUUAUGCUGCUUCGUGAGGAGAACACUGUGCCGUUCAUGGUGCGCUACAGGAAAGACAUGAUUAACCACAUGGAUGCUGAUGCUGUUCGAGAUGUCCAGAUGGUUUAUGAGGAGUUAUGUUCUUUGGCAAAGAGGACUCAGUCUGUGGUUCAGACCCUGAAGAAAGAUGGGGUGUUAACAACUGAACUGGAACAAAACCUGAGGAACUGCCGUUCAGCUGAUGAACUGGAUCAUGUGUACUCCCCCUAUAAGAAAGGCAGCAAGCUGACAAAAGCUCGCAGGGCCAAAGCACUUGGCCUUGAGGACGCUGCUUCUGCAUUGAUGAACACACCACACACUCUAGAUUUAAGGGCAUGGAUAAAACCUGGUACUGAAGGUCUGUCAUCAGUGGCAGAAGUGGCUACAGGUGUGGAGCACAUAUUGGCUGAUAUGAUGGCCAAAGAUCCUGAAACACUCACCUACGUGAAGACAUUAUGUGAGAAAAGUUUUGUAAGCAUACAGUCGUCUUUGUCUAAGUCGGCAUUAAAGGAAAAGGAACAGGCGAAACCUGUCCAAGGCCACAAAACAAAAGCAGGCGCCGAGCAAAAUAAAAACAAGGACAUUGACAAGUUCCAACUCUACUUUGACUUCACCUGUAACAUCCAACGUAUCCAACCCCAUCAGACGCUGGCUAUUAACCGAGGGGAGAGUCUCAAGAUUUUGACAGUGAAGGUGAACAUCCCCGACAGGGUGAAGAGUGACUUCACUAGGUGGUGCAUCAACAACAGGUGGAGGCCAAAGACAUUUGCAAAAGAAGAACUUCAUGCAAUCAUUAGGAAUGCAGUGGAGGAUUCAUAUAAAAGGCUUAUUCUUCCUUUCCUCACCAGGAGUUACAGGUAAGUGGAUUUUGGAUUUUAAAGUGUUUUUUCAUCCAAUAUCAGUUUUUCCAUUUACACCAUGAUCCUUUUUUGAUCCUUUCUCAGUUUCUCUUUUGUUGAU